AAAAGGAGGGCUGGAUAGAAUGUGUGUGCUGGGAGCACAUCCUUCUUUCUCAGCUGCUCUGCACACAGUGCCGCUGUGGCUGUCUCACGUUUGCAAUGUCGCAGCCCGUUUACGAAGCCUGAAGCAAGUGUGGUGAGUCUUUCUCUCUCCUUUUUGUAGGUUAAGCCCGUCCACAGUAAUGGCCACGGCCUUACCCAGGACGCUGGGGGAGCUGCAGCUGUAUAGGAUACUGCAGAAAGCCAAUCUGCUUUCUUACUUUGAUGCCUUUAUCCAGCAAGGUGGUGACGAUGUCCAGCAGCUGUGCGAAGCUGGAGAAGAGGAGUUUUUGGAGAUCAUGGCACUUGUGGGCAUGGCAAGCAAGCCCCUUCACGUUAGACGACUUCAGAAGGCUUUGAGAGACUGGGUUACGAACCCUGGCCUUUUCAAUCAGCCACUGACUUCCCUUCCUGUCAGUAGCAUACCCAUCUACAAAUUACCGGAGGGCUCGCCGACGUGGCUGGGAAUAUCCUGCAGCAGCUACGAGAGGAAUAGCAGUGCACGGGAACCACACUUAAAAAUCCCCAAGUGCGCUGCCACCACCUGUGUGCAGAGCCUGGGUCAGGGCAAGUCAGAGGUGGGAAGUCUAGCGCUGCAGAGUGUCGGUGAGUCCAGGCUCUGGCAAGGACACCACGCCACGGAGAGUGAGCACAGCCUCUCCCCAGCAGACCUGGGCUCCCCAGCCUCCCCGAAGGAGAGCAGCGAGGCACUGGAUGCUGCUGCUGCCCUCUCUGUGGCCGAGUGCGUGGAGCGGAUGGCCCCCACCCUGCCCAAAAGCGACUUGAAUGAAGUGAAAGAGCUGCUCAAGAACAAUAAGAAGUUGGCCAAAAUGAUCGGUCACAUCUUCGAGAUGAGUGAUGAAGAUCCACACAAAGAGGAGGAGAUUCGAAAGUACAGCGCCAUCUAUGGCCGAUUCGACUCCAAGAGAAAGGAUGGGAAACACCUCACACUGCAUGAGCUUACUGUUAACGAGGCAGCUGCUCAGCUCUGCGUAAAGGACAAUGCCCUGUUAACGAGAAGAGAUGAGCUUUUCGCCCUGGCCAGGCAGGUUUCUCGAGAAGUUACCUACAAGUACACUUACAGGACCACCAGGUUAAAAUGUGGUGAAAGAGAUGAAUUAUCUCCAAAGAGAAUUAAAGUGGAGGAUGGAUUUCCAGACUUCCAAGAAUCUGUGCCAACACUCUUCCAGCAAGCCAGAGCCAAGAGUGAAGAGCUUGCUGGCCUCGGCUCGCAGCAGGCUGAAAAGGGGAUGGCAAAGCAGAUGGAGCUGCUGUGUACGCAGGCCAGCUAUGAGAGGCUGCAGCAGGAGAGGAGAUUGACGGCUGGACUCUUCAGGCAGAGCUCUGGCGAGCACAGCCCGGAUGGGCUGCCCUCCGACGGCUCCGACGGACAAGGAGAAAGACCUCUGAAUCUCCGCAUGCCUGGUGUGCAGAGCAGGCAGCCCCAUCACUUCAUGGUCGACGGGGAGCUGAAUAGGCUUUACUCCAGUGAGGCCAAGUCCCACUCAUCAGAGAGCCUUGGGAUUUUAAAAGACUACCCUCACUCUGCUUUCACCUUGGAAAAGAAAGUUAUUAAAACAGAGCCUGAAGACUCAAGAUAGCCAAGAUUCUCCCACUGUUCGCUGGAAAUGGCGCCAGAUUCAAGGAUAAUGCUCCAUCAUAGAUUAAGCCUUAAUAACCAGUGUUGCCUCAUUCAGCUCAAACAGAUCAUAGCCAAAGCAUAAGAACUCACACAGUAGUCUGUGGAAACCAGGACAAAGCAACAACCACAGAAGAGGAGAGCAUUGCAACGUAACAAACACUGACCAGUUACCUUCCUGUGUAAGUUGUUCAUGUGGAAAGGCUCAAUAUUGUAGGCAUUCACUAAGAUUGUACAACGUGUCCUUGUAAUUUAUAGAAGCAAAUCUAGGUGUUGAGAUGUUUGGUCUAGUAGAUGUGGAUACCAUUCAUUUUACUUGAAAUUUUGUUGUCUACUUUAAGUGUAUUUACCGUAAAUGUUACUCGUCAGCAUUUAGAACUUUUGCAGUCAUAAAUAGAAAGUCUAGGCAAUGUGGUUAUUGGCAAGGUGACUGGAGAAAGAUGGAAGACAAUACUCAGUUUACACCAAGGAAAAGACUGUGUACUUAAUACUUGAUAAAACCAAUUAAUAGGAAAUGUGCAGCUGUCACUAAAUAAUGUCACUUCCAUUGGUUUAAUCAAUCCACAAAUUAAAACUUGGAGUAACAUUUCCAAAAUGAAGUAGGCUACAUUUGUGACAGCUGCUCAAGAUGUAACAAAGGUAGGGCGGAGGGCUUGAAGUAAGUGGGUUAAUGUGUAAAAGCCUUGAUUUAAACAUGAUAUUUGAGAAUAUGUUAAAUAAAUUAAGGCAUAGUCAGUUAACCCUAAAUGUGAUAAAGAUGGUAACGUGGGUGAAUCGACAUGGAGUGUGUGUCCUGUUUUUAGUUCUGCUUUAGAUUACGGCUGUAAUAAAUAUGAGUUCCUAAUCUUAUAUUGGAAUCUGUUGGCCAGAUGUUAGGUGAGGUGUCUGCACCAUAGUCUGAGCACUGUCACACAGAUAAUCACUCUUCAUCUUGAACUGUAGAGGAGUUUUACCGAAGGAACACCAGGAAACAGCUUUUAUACCAUUAAAGGCUUUCUCCUUCCUAAAUGUUUCUAUCAGACCACUGCAUCUUGCCCACUGAAGACAUAUCUUAGGGACCAUGUGCCUCUGUUGUUUCCGUGAGGUUGAUUACCAUGGUCUCACUGUCCACUGUGUGCUGAGCUAGUGGGAUGUGUUUAGAAUGUUCAGUUUGUAAUAUCAGCCACACUACUGGUUAGUAUCCUUGUCCUUUCAUGAGCUGUUUCUUGUAUUCUGCAAUCUAUUUUGAAAAUUUUUGUGGUCCUUUUUAAAGAAAGGUUGUGUCUUACAGUUCAAGUUUGUGGACUUUAACAUGCAAGUUUUAAAAGAUGCGGUAAUCUUCCACCUGGCAUUUGUCUCUCCUGGACCUAGAAACUGCAUCUUUAAAUCCAGAAGUAAGUCUCCUUAAGUAGUGUACUUUUCUGAAUUCCAAGAUUAUAGAUAAAGAAGCACAAAAAAAUUUCAGUAGAAUACAGUUUUUAUCUUGUGAACACUAAUGUAUUAAACUUGCUAUACAUAAAAGCAAAUAAUAUAUAUUUUUAUUUGAAUGGUAUAUAUAAAUUAGAUGUUGUAACUAGUGAUUUUUUUUUUCAUUUUGUUUAAGAUAUUUUCACUGAACAAGGCCAAUUGGUUACCUCAGUAUUACAGCCAAUAUAAUCCAAGGGACCAUUUCUCCCUAAGUCUGUGUCAUUCUUUAUUGUGUGAAUUCUGCAUUUUUGUGAUUCCUAAAACUGUUGAGAAGAUAAGAUGAGUGCACUUGCUUUCUGUGGCAAUAAAGAAUUUCCCUGCCUCACAAA